AUGGCGGAAGCUAUCAAGAGUGCUCUCCCCUCCCACCUCCGUCCUGCCGCCGGCAAGGACGAGGAAAGCAAUGGCUCCGAGAAGCGUCACCAUGGCAAGACUCGUAGCCACAUGGCCUUUGAGAACACCUCGACCAAUGUCGCCGCUGCCCAGAUGCGCAAUGCCCUCACAAACCUUGCUGAGACUGUCGAGGACCCCAAGCAGAAGAAGCUCUUCGAAACCGAGAUGGAUAACUUCUUCGCCCUCUUCCGCCGCUACUUGAACGACAAGGCCAAGGGCAACGCCGUUGACUGGGACCGUAUCCGCCCCCCUGCUGCCGGUCAGGUCGUCGACUACGAGGACCUCGCCAACUCUGAGUCGGUCCAGUUCCUCAACAAGCUUGCUGUUCUCAAGCUCAAUGGUGGUCUCGGCACCUCCAUGGGCUGCGUUGGCCCCAAGUCUGUCAUCGAGGUCCGUGAUGGCAUGUCCUUCCUCGACCUUUCCGUCCGUCAGAUCGAGUUCCUCAACCGCACAUACGACGUCAACGUCCCCUUCCUCCUCAUGAACUCGUUCAACACCAACGACGACACCGCAGCCAUCAUCAAGAAGUACGAGGGCCACAACGUCGAUAUCCUCACCUUCAACCAGUCCCGCUACCCCAGAAUCUUCAAGGAUUCCCAGCUUCCCGUCCCCAGCAACUACAACUCAUCCAUCAGCGAGUGGUACCCUCCUGGCCAUGGUGAUGUCUUCGAGUCUCUCUACAACUCUGGCAUUCUCGACCAGCUCCUUGAGCGCGGCAUAGAAAUCAUCUUCCUCUCCAACGUUGACAACCUGGGUGCCGUCGUUGACCUGCGCAUUCUCCAGCACAUGAUGGAGACCAAGGCUGAGUACAUCAUGGAACUCACCAACAAGACCAAGGCCGAUGUCAAGGGUGGCACCAUUAUCGACUACGAUGGCUCUGUCCGUCUGCUCGAAAUUGCCCAGGUCCCCAAGGAGCAUGUCAACGACUUCAAGUCGAUCAAGAAGUUCAAGUACUUCAACACCAACAACAUCUGGCUCAACCUCCGUGCCAUCAAGCGCGUUGUCGAGAACAACGAGCUGGAGAUGGAGAUUAUCCCCAACGCCAAGACCAUCCCUGGCGAUAAGAAGGGCGAGUCUGACAUUUCUAUUAUGCAGCUCGAGACUGCUGUCGGUGCCGCCAUUCGCCACUUCAACAACGCCCACGGUGUCAACGUCCCCCGCCGUCGCUUCCUCCCCGUCAAGACCUGCUCGGACCUUAUGCUGGUCAAGUCGGAUCUCUACACUCUCAAGCACGGUCAGCUGCAGAUGAGCGCCAACCGCUUCGGCGACGCCCCUCUUAUCAAGCUCGGCAGCGACUUCAAGAAGGUUUCCGACUUCCAGAAGCACAUUCCCUCCAUCCCCAAGGUUCUCGAGCUGGACCAUCUUACCAUUACUGGUGCUGUGAACUUGGGCCGUGGCGUUACCCUCAAGGGUACCGUCAUUAUUGUGGCCACCGAGGGCAGCACCAUUGAUAUCCCUCCUGGCUCUAUCCUUGAAAACGUUGUCGUCCAGGGCUCGCUCCGUUUGCUUGAGCAUUAA